ACGCUUUUGUUCAAACUCCAGUCAGACAGUCGAUCCUUCAUAGAGCGGCGCGUACUACAGGCGUUUGUGUACCACCAGCAGCAGCAGUAAAGCCAAACUUCACAGGACUCAACCUCAGCGCCGGUUUCUCGCCGGGGCUCUUGAGGUUUUAAGUGUUUGUGUGGAACUGUUGAAACACGCACAGUGUGGUGUCGUGGGCCAAAUUACUGGAGUUUAGCGCACGCGGAGGAUCUUCCUUGAAGCAGAUCUGUUGGAAUAUGACUGCUGUCACUCACCAGCGACCCGGCGUCUUCUUCGUCAGACAUUAGGCUUAUGCUCCCCAUCCUCCUCCUCCUCGCUGGAUGUCUGUGGAGACGGACUCCCGUGCGCUCUCACGCAAACCUUGGAGUUACUGGCGGCCCAGGACGCACCGUGAAUGUUGAUUUCACCGACCUGGAGAGCAGAAAGCGACUCGCCUAACCCGAUUUGAAUGCCUUUGCAAGUGGUUUGCUGGUUUCUGUGCUGCAGGAAGGGCUUCCGUUUGCUCGGACGGGACUAUGGGGAGAAAGAGGAGGAAGAGUCUCUUGAAUUGCGCAACAAGGAGGACCUGACUCCCAAUGGACGGAGUCCAACGGAGGUGACUGUUUCUCAACCAGCUCACACAGCCAAUGGAACAAACGGGCACGCGGUCCCCGACGUGUCCGACGAGAUGAAGAGUCUGAUCAUGGAGAAAGCCAAGAUGGGCCUGGAGGACGAGCCGGAGCUGCUGGUCAAAGGGUGGCUGCUGCGGGAGGUGCGCGGAACCUGGAUCAAGCAGCGCCGCUACUGGUUCGUGCUCAGCCAGGACUCCCUCGACUACUACACCGGACCGGAGAAAGGAGCCCGCAGACUGGGAACUCUGGUCCUCACCAAUCUCUGCUCCGUCAUCUGGCCAGACAAGCAAACAUUCAAGGAAACAGGCUACUGGAGCAUCACGGUGUACGGGCGCAAGCACUGCUACAAGCUGUACUCCAAGCACUUCAACGAGGCCGUGCACUGGGCGUGCGCCAUCCAGAAGAUCAUCGAUACCAAAGCUCCGGUGGAAACGCCGACACAGCUCCUGAUUCGAGACAUCGAGGAGAACAAGUUCAACCCCGAGGAGGUGGAGAACAUCUAUCAGCACAACCCCAUACUGAAGUACACCCAGGGCCCCCUGUACGCCCCUCUGCUGCCCUUCCCCUACGGCAGCCUGGAGCACACAUAUCACAGCGGCAAAGGCUACGGCUCGGUGCGCGAGGAGGCCGUGAGGCUCUUCAACUGCCUGCAGCAGCUGGAGUCGGCGUGGGAGCCGGUCGCCAUCAUACAGGGCGUGCUGCAGACCUGCCUGGACCUGCGGCCGCUCCGCGACGAGGUCUACUGCCAGCUGGUGAAGCAGACCAGCCACGCGCCGGCGCCGUGCACCGCCGCGCGCCUCCGCUACUGGCAGCUGCUCACCUGCAUGAGCUGCACCUUCCUGCCCGGGUCAACGGUGCUGAAGUACUUGAGGUUCCACCUCAAGAGGGUCCAGAGCCAAAACCCUGAGUCCGAAAUGGACAACUACGCGUCAUUCAUCAGCGAGGCUUUGCAGAAGACCAAGUGUCGGGAGUGCGUGCCAUCGUGGGAGGAGAUCCAGAUGCUGAUGAGUCGGCAGGAGAUGCUGUGCACCGUGCAUUAUCCUGGCCCGGGCUCCUGCCAGCUCUACAUCAGCUCACACACCACCGCCAAUGAGGUGGUUCGGAGGAUCCAGGAGAAGCUCGGCCUGCACCAGAGCAACAACACGUUCGCGCUGUACGAGCAGAACGCGCUGUGGGAGCAGCCGGUCGCGGGCAACGCUCUGAUCGCAGACGUCCUGACCAGCUUCUCCAGCAAAGAGGCCGAGACCAAAUCCCAGUGGAAGCUGUGCUUCAAGCUCUACUGCCUUCUGGACGCUGACGGCAUAUCAGUGGACAGCAUUGAGUAUCUCUUCCUCUUCGAGCAGUGCCACGAGAUGGUGGUGCGCGGCCAGCUGCCGGCCUGCGAGGACGACCUGCAGGCCUUGGCCGCCCUGCGGCUCCAGUGCCUGGUGGGGGACUUCGGCACGCACGCGCCGUGCCCCCCCCUGGACGAGCUGUUCCCGGCCCACGUGCUGGAGGCCCGCGUCCUGCUGGCCCUGGCCGCGCCGCAGGCCCCGCCCCCCUGCCCGCUGGCGGGGCCGCUGUGGAGCCACGCCGCGGCGGCGGCCGCGCGCAAGCAGAAGGCGGAGCAGGACCUGCGUCUGCGCAGCCGCUGGAAGGAGGAGGCGGCCGCCGUCAUGGGCGCCAUCUUGGAGCGUUGGAAAGGCCUGGCCGGGUACAGUCGCCGGGACAGCAUGGCCGCCUACCUCGCCAUUGCGCGCCAGUGGUCCGGCUUUGGAUGCACCCUUUACGAAGUGGACUUUUAUAUUAGCUCGACAGGGAGCUUCUCGCAGAAGCUGUGGCUGGGCGUGGCGUCUACAUCGGUGUCUCUGUAUCGGCAGGGAGAAGCAGAGGCCUUGGAGUCCUUCCCCUACGGCCAGAUCUGCUCUUAUGGCAUAUCUGACAGCAACACUUUCAAGAUAACAGCUGGGGAUCGGGAUCUGCUGUUUGAAACCACCAAGCUGACUGAGAUCAUGCAGCUCAUGAAUGCGUAUUUCAGUGCCACCCAUCGCCGGCGAGGCAAAGGGGACAACGCAGACGUCACCAUCGCAGACAGCACAGAGGUGGGCUUCCCUCACCUGCCGACGCCCACGCUCCUGGAGCUGCCCUCGCACCCCGUGUGAGAGCGGCCCCACGUUUGGACAGAACCCGCCCGAGCACCCACCCACCCGCGCCGUCUUCCUCCACAUGGCCCCCGAGAGGCCAUAGCCCAGUCCUCCGGACCCCGCACCGCCUCCGCUGGGAGAGCGGCGCAGCAGCCAAAACAAAGAGGGGGCUGUUUUCGCUCCCCCGUCCGUGAAAAUAAAACCCUCGCAGAGCUUUCCAGCCGGAGGAGCUGGCCGAGGGCGGCGGGAGGGAGCGAGAGGCCGAGGGGUCCGUUGUGCAAGUGAGUCCAGAAACCCACGGGAACCAGCGUGGUCGCUCCUGCCCCCGUCCCGUCGCACCAGCACCUCCGUGACCCGCACGCGGCCGCCCUCCUCCCUGCACAGACCCGCACCCCUGACAACGUGAGACAUCAGUGUGGGCCUCCAUCGGGGGAGAGUGGGGAGCAACAAUACGCUGUGCUACUCCCCUCGUGAAAGCACGGCUUACAGUGAAAACACUACUUUUGCGAAGAGCGUAUUUGAAUUUCUGCCUUUCCUACGAGACUGUUGUCCCUCAUGCACUGCUGGAAUAGUGUUGGGAACACUGAAUGACAACCACACACACACUCACACACGCUUGUGCCCUUAUGCUGACUUGUUCUUCAGUUUUCACAAGCUCCCAGUCAAGCGUUACCUAGAACUGUUGCUGCAGUGAGCAAUGUGAACUUGGAACUGGAACCAGAUGUUGAACUCUGCAGCUAAGUCACUUUGGCUGCCACAGCCAUAUAGACUCUUCCUUAUGAGAUUAUCAGUUGUCCCUGUGUGUGCGUAUGUGCGUGUGUGUGUGUGCACGGCUGUAUGUGUUUCAUCCAGAAAACCAUUUCCUGGAUGACACAUCCAGGAUGCGGUUUAAUUGUGUCUCACAGAAACCAAAAGCUUUUGGAGCUGUUUGUGCAUUGUUUCCACCCAAUGCUCUGAUUUGGCCCCGGUUGUGCUGCUUGUCUUGGCUGAAGUCUGCAACAUGGAACUCGGUUAACCGUUUGACUGAUUGGAUACUUUUGCCUAAGUUUGUUUUUAUGCUAAUGCAGCUCUGCUCUGCUGAAAAUAACAGGUGCUUCUCUGUUCAAUAAUGUUUUUUUUACAUUGGACAUUUCAUUUUAAAAUUUGAUUUGAAAUCCCAGUAAUUGGUGUCAGUGCCCAACUAUCCCUUUAUUUAAAGCAAAGACUUUCUAAUCUGGCCAUUGAUGCUUUUGUAUUAUUUGGACAUCUGCUUUUUUACAGUUGUUCUUGUCUUAAACGCAGACCCAGCGUUGACUUCUAGCUUUUGCUUUCCCCGAUCCACAAAUGUUUUUGGUUCUGCUUUAAUAUGUAACUCCUGUGUAGCUCCCCCAGUGUGUGCACAAUUUGUGUACCCGUGUAACGCCAAAGUUUGCCAAGUCAUGUGGACCAAAGAAGUUUUUUAGUAUUUCCUUAAAAAUAAAAACUAAUCCUAAAGCAGAGAAGAGCCCCCCUUUAGAUUGAAUGACACAUCCUGAAGACUUUUGUAUAAGUUGUACACCUUAUUUCAUAGAAGUAGAUGACAUCUAGGAAUCUUAGGCCAUACAGUACUGUCUGCUACACAAACCACGUGCGAUACCAAGCCUUCAAACUAAGAUUCUGUCAGCAAGGACGGCCUCGUUUCACUAUCUCCUGCUCACAAGCAGGUUUUGCUCUUUCUACUGCAGCUGCAGGCAGCUCUGAGCUACACGAAAACAAAUUAAAUUGAAGAUGUUGCUUUGCAUUAAGCUGUUUGUAUGCUGCAUGGUACCUUUUUAUGUAAUGCGUGUAUAGUUAAUUGCACUAUUUGUUUUUAACUUGGAAGUGCAAUAAAAAGGAUAAAUACUGUAUGUAAUUAAACAUUUGACCAUA